AACACGGUUGAUUAAACGGACAAGUUCGUUGAACUUGCAUUUAGAAAGUAUAGACGAUCCACGCUCAGUAAAUAUAUCUAGUUAAUUUAACGUGCGCGAUUGUAGAAAGAUGGGUUAUGCAUGUAUGUCGAUCUUGUGAUGUAAUCGGUUCUGCCCAUUCUUCGAACAUAAAUAUUGUUUGUCGUAACAGUUCCCAUUAAAUAUUACAAACGAUCUUUGAUUGCAGUACGUUAAAAUGGCCACUCUCGCUCGUAAUUUGCGCCCCUACUUGAGGUACAUUCGGAAUCACAGAACUUACGCCGACGCGGCGCCUGCCAGCGAUCAAAUAAAAUUUACCUUCGCUGGAGCUAAUCAGGUAUUUUACGAUCAAGCUGUUAUCAAACAAGUGGAUGUACCAUCGUUCUCUGGUUCAUUUGGUAUUUUACCGAAACACGUUCCCACAUUAGCUGUACUGAAGCCUGGCGUAGUCACAGUCUACGAAGAAGGCGGAGAUACCAAAAAAAUUUUCGUUUCCUCCGGAACAGUCACUAUAAACGAAGAUAAUAGUAUACAGAUUUUGGCAGAGGAAGCGCAUCCGGUAGAGAAUCUUGACAGUUCUGCGGCUAGAGACGUGCUCAGCCAAGCUCAGCAACAGCUUUCGUCCGCAUCGUCCGAACAGGACAAAGCUGCGGCAGGCAUUGCUGUUGAAGUUGCGGAAGCUCUAGUACAGGCCGCUCAAUAAGCAUUACACGGAUAUUGUAUAAAUGUAAAAUCAUUAUUCUCUGUUAUUCGAUCUUAGGGCAUGUAUUCACCACAUUUCUGUCACGAUUCUGUAU